UCAGCACCUCAGCACAGAGCGUUCUGCUAGGCUUCCNUCCUUCAGCACCUCAGCACAGAGCGUUCUGCUAGGCUUCCUUCAGCACAGAGCAUUCUGCUAGGCUUCCUUCAGCACCUCAGCACAGAGCGUUCUACUAGGCUUCCUUCAGCACUACGGACAGCUACCAAAAUGACACGGCUGCGCAAGAAAGCUUUCAUUGCACUUUUCUUAUUCACCCUCUUCAUCUUCGGGACCAUGAUGGGCCUCAGAACACUGAAACCCAGCGAUGGCUUCUCAGACCUGGCCCCGGGAAUGGGAGAGUUUGUGGGGGAAAGAGGAGGCGACCGGCGACGGCCAGUUUCAAACGACAUGGUAGUUUCCCCUGGUCAGUCCCAUCUAGCCAGCGACACCAAAGUCGUCUUCACAAAAUCCGACCGUGACUACAGUAUAUUCUACGACGUACAAAUCUUCUAUUACCUAUGGUACGGCAACCCACAGAUGGACGGUAAAUAUAUUCACUGGGACCAUGUUCUAGUACCGCACUGGGACCCUAAGAUCGCCGCCAGCCACGCCAAAGGAAGACACACUCCUCCGGAGGACAUAGCGUCGAGUUUCUACCCGGAGCUAGGACCAUACAGUUCCAGAGACCCCACCGUGCUGGAGUCACACAUGUCGCAGAUUGAAGCGGCUGCAGCAGGGGUACUGGUUCUGUCUUGGUACCCGCCUGGCAUUGCAGACAACCAUGGUGAGCCAUGUGAAGACCUGGUGCCUGCUGUCAUGGACGCUGCCCACAGACACAGCAUCAAGGUGGCGUUCCACAUCCAGCCGUACAAGGGACGGACUGACCUCAGCAUGCACGAUAACAUCAAAUACAUCAUUGACAAGUACGGGAACCAUGGCGCCUUCUACCGCUUCAGGUCGACCACGGGGCGGAUCCUUCCUCUGUUCUAUGUCUACGACUCCUACCUGACCCCGCCUGAGGCCUGGGCCGACCUGCUCCACCCCGCCGGCGCCCACACCCUCCGCGGCACGCUCUACGACGGCGUCUUCCUCGCCCUGGUCGUAGAGGAACGCCACAAACACGACAUCCUGGCCGGUGGCUUCGACGGCAUGUAUACGUACUUCGCCUCCAACGGCUUCUCCUUCGGCUCCUCUCACCAGAACUGGAAGGCGGUCAAGGACUUCUGUGACGGUAACAACCUGCUGUUUGUACCCAGCGCCGGGCCGGGAUACGUCGACACCGCAGUGAGGCCAUGGAACAACCACAACACGAGGAAUAGGGUCAACGGACGCUAUUAUGAGACCAGCCUACAGGCUGCGCUGUCGGUGCGGCCGGAGAUCGUGACCAUCACGUCGUUCAACGAGUGGCAUGAGGGGACACAGAUUGAGAAGGCGGUGCCCAGGAAGACGGUGACGCGGCUGUAUCUGGACUACCAGCCCCACCGGUCAGAUCUAUACCUGGAACUCACCAGGAAGUGGGCCGAACACUUCAACAAGGAGAAAGACAAGUGGCUCAUGUAGAGGACAGGAGUCCUGACUGGACUGGGUCGAAUAAUACCUUU